AUGAUCCACUACUUCAACGAGGACGACAUCGCAGUCCUUCAGGCAGCAUGGAACUACAUACAGGCUCAAGCCAAUAUCAAAGCAGCCAACGCCGGAGCCCAGGUAGAUCUUACCAAGGAGCGACAAGACUUGUGCAACGUCGAAUCGCUGGCGAAAGAGGUGAAACACCGAAACGUCGUACAGCAACAGCCACAGCAUCGACAUGCCCGAUGGCUUCGAAGCGGACAGGGGUGGAGAUUGUUUGAGCAUCAUGUGCUUGAGGUCACUGCCACUGCUAUCGCCUCUUUUACUGGCCCGCAAUGCACAAAGGAUCAGUCGAUGGCUCUCGCCGCCUGGCCGUCAUGGUUUUCCAGCUGGAAAGGUCCUGAAGCAGGUGUUGCGCCAAUUAUGCAAGCAAUCGAGAUCUUCAACCACCUGUUCUUCCUUGGAAAGCUGCAAAACAUGCAUUUCCUAUGGCGCGAAGGCUUGAGGGCUAGGGGAGAUGCGCUCACAUCCGGACCAGGCACGGACGGCUACACGCAGAGGGUUUCCAACCAACAGAUACUGAUUGUCAUGGAUCCCGAGCCGGACUUUACAUUUGAUAGAACUUGGCAAGACGAUCUACUCUCAACCUUGUUGCACGAGUGCUGCCACGCCUUCAUUGAUCUGUACAGAUGCCACAAGCAUGAAGGCCACCAUGCCUGCAGGAACGAGGGCAAGACAGGGCACGGUGCCGCAUGGUUUCAUUUGGCGAGUGAGGUCAAAGUCGCGGCGAGGAGUCAUCUGCGACUUGACGCUGAGCUGGGCGUUCUCACGAGCGUAGUGGGUGAGUGCCGUUGCAAUCCAUCGAUCUCGGCGUCGGACUGGGAACAUUUCGAGAUGCGCUUCAGCGCCCAGGAUAAAGAUCGUAUGGUUCGACAAAUGAAGAGGAAGCGCAGCAAUCCUGAUGAGCUCUUGACAAUUUACCAGCAGGAUUCGAGGGCUUGUGACUCGAUCCGCAGAAUUCUUGACCCUCGAAAAGGCUGGAACUCAUGA